AUGAAGCUCUACAACUUUAUCACAGCCGCAGCCGUGCUGUUCAUCGCCCCGGCACUUUCCCAGGACCUUGCAUCAUUGCCAGAAUGCGCUCAAUCACCUAUCUUGGAAGCUGCUGCAGCAACUGGAUGCUCUUUGUCUGAUCUGGUCUGUAUCUGCUCAGACUCAGGCUUGGUUGAGCACCUUCUGGAGCUUAUUCCAACAGUAUGCACACCGGAGGAGGUUUUGGAGGUCAGCGAAUUCGGGGAUGCGUUCUGCCUUCUCUAUGCCAGCUUGACGCUCAGCCUUUCGGACAUCGUCACCGUCCCCUCAGCUACUGCCACGGGAGCCGCGACCACAUCAAAUGGCUCACCUGCUACUGCCAGCGCAGAAACCACUGAGACUUCAGCCUCCGCAUCAGCCACUGCAGCAGCAACAUCAGCCAGCGAGACUGAGAGUGCAACUGAGAGCGCGACUGAGAGUGCUGCUGAGAGCGACGCAGCAGCCACAUCCAACGCAGCAGUCCCAACCAACAUUGUUGGCCUCCCGGCAUUCUUUGGGGCAGCUGCUCUCGGGCUAGCCGCAGUCCUGUAG